AGGAUAGUUGGGACACGCUGAACACGUUAGUCCGGAGGUGGCGCCUGCGGGACGACUUCGCCCUGCAAGCUGGAAGUCGGUGGCUCGGGAUGUGGAGGAAGACUCGGACGAUGACUCUGUAGAAGACGACGAUGUCGCUCACCCAAGCGCGAGCUCGUCGGCUCAAGAUGCCCUGCAACUCAUGAACGAGGUAUCGUCUGCCGACUCGGACGUUGAAGGCCGCUUGAAGUCGAUGUACGUCGUGGGCCCCGAACCCCCUGUCCCGAGGCUGCAUCCAGAGAGGCGAGACUCUCCGUACAAGGAGCCUGCAACCAGCGUCGUCUGCAAUCGUCCAACUCUGUCUGUGACUGCGGCCACUCCCACCUCUCCCACAUCCGCACCACCUCCCCUACCCCCCUCAGACCCCACACCCACACCCAAACCUCCACAUCUUGCAUCCCAGUCCGUCGCACCAGCUUCUCCAUUCUCAGCAUUCAGCCCCGCCCUAAGUGCAUCCUGUUCAGAGGGCGUCACCGACCGGACGAACACCCAAUCGCCCUCACCCUUCGACGGCGGCGGCGUGCCAACGAUGAAUCUCCACUUCCACGGCGCGUCCUGGGAGCCGCAGCCGCGCACGCGACGGUGGAAGCUCCGCUCCGGCGAACGCACCGCUGCGCGGGGCUUUAUCUGGCUCUGUCCGCUGUGCCACAAGCAAAAGACGAUGAGCAGGGAUGGGUUGAUCAAGCAUCUGACGAUGAUGCACCCGAGCUCGGUGCGCAGAAAGAUUCCGCUCACGAGGGAGUCGAUCUCGCGGUUCGACGAGUCGCCGACGGUACCUGAUGAGGACUUCAUGUACGUCCUGUCGGCGUACUUCACCCUUCCGGACUCUUCUACGACCGGGACGGCCACGACAUCGCUUUAGGCAAUUCUGAGGCCCGUGGUCGUUAUGCUUACAGAGAUCAAGGCACAUGCUCCCGAAGGCCGAGAAUUGCACUGUACAAAAGUCAAAUAAUUUCCGGCCACGUUGAUCAAGUCGGCAGGAAUUUGUCCUAAAUGUGCUCUCGCCAACGCAAGGGCGAUUCCACAGACGACGCGUGGAUCUUCCAAUCAACCGCCCAGUUGUCCUGUACCUGCGAUCUCGACCGGACAUCCGGUCGCAUCUCAUACAGCCCUCGGUAAACGCCCCUUUGACUCGGACGAUCCGCAAAUCCCACUUCCCACCC